AUUAUAACUUCCAGGGUUUUUCCUCUACAAUGAAAUCACGUACCGAACAUAUGUUCAUACUGGAGACGAGUUGGUGCGAUAAACACAGAUUUACCGCCAACAGACGCAGCGGCUGCACACUACCCAGUCAUUCGAGAGACGACAUCCACAACACAACGUAGAUCAUCGCCUCGUUAAUAAACUAUAAUCAUGGUAUGCUGGAAGCUGUAUCACAACAUAGAGAAAUGGAUCGGGAACGUCUUCUCAAAAUAUGGUGUGUUUGUUGGGACGUACCCGGUGAUCGUGUUGACGUGUUCUGUCAUGUUGUCAGUUUUACUGGGAAUAGGUGUCAUCAACAUGAAGGUUCAAACUAACGUAGAGAAGGUCUACACCCCACCCAACAGCCAGGCCGUACAGGACCGUGAACUACUACGUCACCUCUUCCCAGAUAGCUCGGCUACCGACUUCCACCUGUACAGCAGCAUUGAUGCCAACCUUUUCGGUAGUGUUAUUUUCCGAGCGAAGAACUCGUCAAGCCUGCUGAAUCUGGACAACAUCAGAGAGAUUGAAACCAUCUUUAACUCAAUAACAGUAAACGUUUUAGGGAAUGGAUUGGACUAUUUUCAGCUGUGCGCGAAACAAAAUUCACGAUGCGCAGUAGACGGGGAAAUUAUUUUUACUGACAAAUUCCGAAAGUUACUUCAAACCGAAAACCUUACUUACCCUGUUUUGGAGAGACAAUUAAUUGAAUCUGUGUUUGGCGAUGUUGAAGUUGUCAACGGACUAUUAAAGUCUGCUAAGUUGAUAAAACUGCAAAUGAACUUGCGACAAGAUUCCCAGGCGUACAAAGACGUCUCUAAGUCAUGGGAAGGGAAUUUUGUGACCUUUAUGAAGAACGUUAGUUCAGAUACAUUAGAUGUAACGUUUGCCCACUCGACAUCUUUAGACGAGGAACUAUCAGAAAACAUUAAGGGAGACAUUCUAUUUAUAUCGGUGACUUUUACAUUAAUGAUAGUUUACGCUACAAUUGUGACUACAAGUUGUGACCCAAUACUUGACCGUCAGAACCUCGGCCGAGCUGGUGUCCUGGCAACCGGCCUGAGUAUCCUGGCAUCGUUUGGUCUUGGCAGUGCUUGUGGUGUGGAGUUUGUCAGCAUCGCUGGUGUUAUGCCAUUUCUUAUCCUAGGUAUAGGGAUCGACGAUAUGUUUAUUUUACUGGCAGGCCUAGCGAAUGCCCCUCUGACAGAGACAGGUCCACAGCGAGUUGGUGACAUGAUGAGGACCAGUGGAGUAUCGGUUACAAUAACGUCUCUCACAGACAUUUUUGCCAUUUGGUAUUGGAGCCUCUUCCGUUUUUCCAGGUGUACGCAACUUUUGCAUAUAUACAGGGCAUCAUUUGAAAGAUUGGCCGUCUUCUUUUGUUACAUUAACUUCGUAACGUUUUUCGUCGCCUGUGUUGCUAUCAAUGAAAGACGGAUGAAAAGCAAGCGCCAUGGCUGUACUUGUCAAAAGAUCUACUUUAAGGACGAGAUGAAGAACGAGUCAAGUCUAAGACGAUUUUGUUGUGGAGGAAGAAAACCUUCGUCUAAGGAAGACCUCGAAAGCUUCAUAGAACAAUUCCCUGGGAAGUUCCUCUCCAAGUUUGUUACAUUGGUUCCGUUUAAGAUCACUGCGUUGGUCUGUUUUGCAGCUUAUCUAGGCGUGUCAAUUUAUGGCGUUACCAACUUUAAACAAGGUCUCGACAUAGCUAACCUUGUAUCCGACGAUUCCUACUUCUACGAGUUUAACACACUCAGCCAGCGAUAUUUCUCUCAAAGGAUCCCCGUGUCGUUCGUGUUUACAGAGCCUUUGCAGUAUUCUGACUCCCGCGUUAUUUCCUCCAUUGAUACUUUGGUGUCUGAAGUCACCAGCGAUAAGUCGAUAGAGAGCCAGUUUCAAAUAAACUGGUUCAGAAGCUAUCGUUCCUCUGUGUCCUACAAUAAUUCGUCUAAAACAAACUUCGUGACAGGUCUGAAAGAGUUUUUAGCGUUAAAUCCGCAAUUUAAAACGGACAUACUUUUCGACGACACCCAAGAACUUAUUAAGGCUUCGCGAAUUUAUGCCUUUACCAGCGACCUGGAAGAUUCAACCGAACAAGGAGAGUUUAUGCAGAGAAUGAGAGAAAUAGCGACUGACUCGGACCUUGCUGUGACGACAUUCUCCCCAGCUUUCAUAUUUUAUGAGCAGUAUGUUGUUAUUGUGGGCUCCACCCUGCAGACCGUCGGAACAGCAGUCCUCGUGAUAUUCGUCAUCACUGCAUUGUUCAUGCCAAGUCCGUUACUGAUCCUCUUCGUCACCGUUACCAUGCUCAUGAUAAUGACCGGGAUUUUCGGUUUUAUGUAUUUCUGGAACUUGACUCUCAGUUCAAUUACAAUGAUACACAUCAUAAUGAGUUUAGGAUUUUCGGUAGAUUUUAGUGCGCAUAUCUGCCACGCAUACAUGACAGUGGAAGGCGAAACAAGAAACAGGAAAGUGAAAAACGCCAUGCUGCGUGCUGGGGGCCCUAUUUUUAAUGGGUCAAUUUCUUCAUUACUCGGAAUAUUGAUGCUAGUAUUCUCGAAAUCCUACAUAUUUCAAUCCUUCUUUAAGGUAAUGCUCCUGGUGAUUCUGAUCGGAAUGAGUCAUUCCCUGUUUUUUCUUCCUGUUGUCUUGUCAUUGUUCGGUCCAUUUCAAGCUAAAAAAACUAAUAACAUUACAAAUACAAGGACAUCUAUUGUGAGAUCGAGCAAGUCGGACCCAGUUGAAGUCGAGGUGUUUCUCGACCGUUAGUCCUGACACUAACAAUUACUUACUGAUUAGAGACCGUUCCCUGUAACAAUCCUCAUGUAAUGAUGGCACUAAUUCUGGUAUACAGAUAGUGGUAUUAGUAUUAUUGUAUACGUACACACUACAUUUCAUUGAACUUAGAUAAGAUCUUGUAAAUUCGACCUGUUCUUAUAAAAUGCUUAUAAAAGGCGUAUAUUUUUGUUUAAGCAGAAAAAAAACAUGAGUUAUUUAAGUUUUGAUAGUGUCAUAGAUUAUUGUAUCGCGGUAAGCUAUUACGCUGACGUACAUUUGUAGAUCAAACAAUCAUGUAAACAAUGACUUAAUAAGAAGAUAUCAGGAAUAUUUCACGAAGGUGAGAGCCAUAUUUUUACGAUCGAUACUCUUGAAUUGUAUAAAGUAUUAAUGAAAGCUAUAUUUACUAAUAAAAUAUAUAUAAACAUAGAUAAAUGUCACGUUAAAACGUACCCUAAUCUGUGCAAAACCAAAUAACAAAUAUACUAUAGACAGUGUUAUAUACUAACAGUAAACGUACCCUCAUCUGUCAAAACCAAAUAACAAAUAUACUAUAGACAGUGUUAUAUACUAACAGUAAUCAUUUAAAAUUUGAUAGCUAUGGAAGCCAUAUGCAAUAUUGAUAUAGUGGAACAUAAUAAUCGGGCGCCAUUAAUUUUAUUUCUCACCUAAAUCGCAUACAUAUUGACUGCACACUAUCAGGUAAGGGGUCGACUGUUGAAUGAUGAAUCUGAAGACUCACAGUUAAUAAAGAGUUUGAACUUUGUAACAGUUUAUUGCAUAAUAAGAUACGGGUUUCAUGCAUGCCGAUAACCUUACUCCUCUCCAUGUGUUAUCGUCGUGUUGAUGUAUAUUGAUACUUUCCCUUCUCCUCUCCAUGUGUUAUCGUCGUGUUGAUGUAUAUUCAUACGUUCCCUUCUCCUCUCCAUGUGUUAUCGUCGUGUUGAUGUCGUGUUGAUGUAUAUUGAUACUUUCCUUUCUCCUCUCAAUGUGUUAUCGUCGUGUUGAUGUUGUCGUGCUGAUGUCGUGUUGAUGAUUAUUGAUUCUUUCCUUACUCCUCUCCAUGUGUUAUCGUCCUGUUGAUGUAUAGUCAUACUUUCCUUUCUCCUCUCCAUCUGUUAUCGUCGUGUUGAUGUGUAUUGAUUCUUUCCUUUCUCCUCUCCAUCUGUUAUCGUCGUGUUGAUGUCGUGUUGAUUCUUUCCUUUCUUCUCUCCAUCUGUUAUCGUCGUGUUGAUGUCGUGUUGAUGUAUAUUAAUACUUUCCUUUCUCCACUCCAUCUAUUAUGAGCGUGUUUAUGUUAUGUUGUUUAUUUAUAGUUGACAAUCAGUAACGUAUAACAUAUAAUGGUAUAUAUGUAAAUAAAAUGAAUAUUGUUUUGAUUAAAUAUUGAAUAUUUUUAUUUAUGGCAAGGUGUUGGUUAUUUAUGGAGUGUAUUUAUUCAUAACACUAUGUUCAGGUAUUUGUACAUACAUGUAUAUAUAUAUAUAUAUAUAUAUAUCUGUUGUGCGUACGUGACAUCAGAGAUCUGAUGUAGGUGAAACAGAAGAAACAUAAUUUUAAAGAAAUAACAAUGAUUUCUGGAUAGGACACAUCAAAACGUCAUUUUUAGGUAAAUAUUAAUGUUUUUAAGUCAAGUGUUGUUUUCUUUAGAAGCACUGUAAUGAAAUUGGAAGGUUUUUGUGCGAUGAAGUGGUAAUGUAACAAUUGAAGCAAUGAGAAGCUUCAGCAACUCUAGUAUGUAUAUGUUCAUAAUUCAAUGAUAGCAGGGUCUCUAUACGGGUUAAUAUAAGAUGUAUAACGGGUGUAAUACAAACACAUGAAUGGCCAUUGUAUCCAUUACAUCUAUGUUAUAAAGUAAAUCUAUCAUUAAAUGCUGUUAAUGAAACCUU